GGGAAGGGGGGGGGGUUUUAAACCCCCCCCCCCUCCCCUCCCCUCCCUUCCAGGAUUUGGAUUUGCCUUGUCCCGGGAAAGGGGCGAAGAAGAGCGAAGAGGAGGACUCCGGAUUGCGGGGGAUUGUUUUGGGGAGGGGGGGGGGGGUGAGUUGUAUUAUUAUUAUUUUUUUUUAAAAAAAAAUUGGUUUUGCCGAGGCCCGUUUUUGACCCCGAUUUACGGACCCACCAAACAGAGGAAUGAAGUCUGGCGUCGGACGGGGGUCCCUGGCCUUGGUGAGGGGGCUCCUGCUGCUGCUGCUGCUCUGCAUCGCGCUUUGCCUGCGGCCAGCAAAUGGAAAAAUUUGUGGGCCAAACAUCGACAUACGCAACAGUAUGGAGGAACUGAAGCAGCUGGAGGGCUGUACAGUGGUGGAAGGCUAUCUCCAGAUUUUGUUGAUCAAUCAAGGAGAGGACUUUAGCAACUUCCGCUUCCCCAAGCUCACCAUGAUCACCGAUUAUUUGUUGCUUUUCCGCGUGGCUGGCCUGGAGACCCUCAGCGACCUCUUUCCGAACCUGACAGUGAUUCGGGGCAAGAGCCUUUUCUACAACUACGCGUUGGUCAUCUUCGAAAUGACCAACCUCAAGGAAAUUGGGCUGUACAACUUGAGGAACAUCACUCGGGGAGCCAUCCGGAUCGAGAAGAAUUCUGACCUCUGUUACCUGUCCACGGUGGACUGGUCUCUGAUCUUGGAUGCUGUUUCCAAUAACUACAUUAUAGGAAAUAAACCGGCAAAAGAAUGUGGAGAUUUGUGUCCAGGAACGGUGGAGGAGAAACCGCUGUGUGAGAAGACUUCCAUAAAUAAUGAAUACAGCUUCCGCUGCUGGACUUCCAACCACUGCCAGAAAACCUGUCCCAGUUCCUGUGGCAAACAUGCUUGUACAGACCAGAAUGAAUGCUGUCACCCUGAAUGCUUGGGCAGCUGCACCUCACCGCACAACAGCUCGGCCUGUGUGGCUUGUCGCAACUACUACCACGAUGGCACCUGUGUUCCUACCUGCCCACCCAACACCUACAAGUUUGAGGGCUGGCGUUGCAUUACCAAGGAGAACUGUUCCCGGAUCCCUUCCUCGGAUCUACUUGGGGAAUAUGAGAGCUUUGUGAUCCAUGACGAUGAGUGUGUACAAGAGUGUCCCCCAGGAUUUGUGCGCAACGAUACCCAAAGCAUGUUCUGCAGCCCUUGUGAGGGACCCUGCCCCAAAGUGUGCGCAGAUGACAAAAUCAUGAUGAUCGACUCCGUCACCUCGGCACAGACGCUCCAGGGAUGCACCGAAAUUAGAGGGAACCUUCUUAUCAACAUCCGCCGUGGGAACAAUAUCGCCUCUGAGCUGGAGGACUUCAUGGGGUUGAUAGAAACGGUGACUGGAUAUGUGAAGAUCCGGCAUUCUCAUGCCUUGGUGUCCUUGUCGUUUUUGAAGAACCUGCGAUAUAUCAACGGAGAAGAACAACUGGAAGGGAAUUAUUCGUUUUAUGUGCUGGACAACCAAAACUUGCAGCAACUGUGGGACUGGAGCCAUCAUAACCUGACCAUCAAAGAAGGGAAGAUGUACUUUGCUUUUAACCCUAAAUUGUGCGUUUCGGAGAUUUACCAAAUGGAGGAGGUGACGGGAACCAAAGAUCGACAAAGUAAAGGCGACAUCAACCCGAGGAACAACGGGGAAAAAGCAUCCUGUGAAAGUCACAUCCUGAAAUUCGUUUCUAACACUACGAUGAAAAAUCGGAUCAAACUGACAUGGGAACAGUAUCGGCCUAAAGAUUACAGAGAUUUGAUUAGCUUCACCGUCUAUUACAAAGAAGCAGCCUUCAAGAACGUGACAGAAUAUGACGGGCAGGACGCCUGUGGUUCUAACAGCUGGAACAUGGUUGAUGUGGACUUGCCUUCAAAUAAGGACGACAAUCCAGGGAUUUUACUGCAGCCGCUGAAACCGUGGACCCAGUAUGCAAUUUACGUCAAAGCCGUCAUGCUCACUAUGAUGGAGAACUACCACCCUCAUGGAGCGAAGAGCGAGAUUGUCUACAUCCGCACGAAGGCUGCAGUGCCGUCCGUCCCUCUGGAUGUCAUCUCGGCCUCCAACUCCUCCUCACAGCUGAUUGUGAAAUGGAACCCUCCCACUUACCCCAAUGGCAACCUGUCCUACUAUAUUGUAAGGUGGCAGCAACAGCCUCAGGAUAGUUACCUGUACAGACACAACUACUGCUCCAAAGAUAAAGUCCCGAUUCGGAGAUACGCUGAUGGGACCAUAGAUACCGAAGAAGCCACGGAACCCACCAAGGCAGAGGGCUCUGGCGGGGAGAAAGGACCAUGCUGCAAAUGCCCAAAGACUGAAGCAGAGAAGCAGGCUGAGAAGGAGGAAGCCGAGUACCGGAAGGUCUUUGAGAAUUUCCUCCAUAACGCCAUCUUUUUGCCCAGACCUGAUCGGAAGAGGAGGGAUUUGUUCCGCGUCGCAAACACAACGUUUGCCGCUAAGAACAAGACUGGGAUCCCUCCAGAACACCUGAGCAACGGGACCGACGUGGAGGAGGGUGAGGUGGAGUUUCCCUUCUACGAAGCGAAGGUGGAGGGCAAGGAACGGACCCUCAUCUCCCAGCUCCUGCCUUUCACCCUUUAUCGGAUUGACAUCCACAGUUGCAACCACGAAGCGGCACGCCUGGGCUGCAGCGCUUCAAAUUUUGUCUUCGCCCGGACGAUGCCUGCAGAAGGGGCUGAUAACAUUCCAGGAAGUGUAACGUGGGAAGGGAAGGAGGAAAACACCAUAUCCCUGAAGUGGCCCGAGCCGGUUAACCCCAAUGGAUUGGUUUUGAUGUACGAAAUCAAAUAUGGACAAAAUGGAGAGGAGAAACGGGAAUGCGUUUCUAGGCAAGAAUAUAAGAAACUUGCUGGAGCCAAACUGACUCAUUUGAACCCGGGAAACUACACGGUUAGAGUGCAAGCCACAUCUCUAGCUGGGAACGGAUCCUGGACGGAGCCCAUCUCGUUCUACGUCCAACCUAAACCAGCAGACUACGGAAAUUUCUUGCAUCUGAUCAUCGUGCUGCCAAUUGCAGUCCUGCUGAUCAUUGGUGGGCUCCUCAUCAUGCUUUACGUCUGCAACAAGAAGAGGAACAGCGACAGGCUUGGAAACGGAGUGCUUUACGCUUCUGUGAAUCCUGAAUAUUUCAGCGCUUCGGAUGUGUAUGUGCCAGAUGAAUGGGAAGUGCCCAGAGAAAAGAUUACGAUGUGUCGGGAACUUGGACAAGGCUCCUUCGGCAUGGUCUACGAGGGAGUAGCCAAAGGGGUUGUGAAAGACGAGCCAGAAACCAGAGUGGCCAUCAAGACCGUCAACGAAUCAGCAAGCAUGAGGGAGCGGAUCGAGUUUCUGAACGAAGCUUCAGUGAUGAAGGAGUUCAACUGCCACCACGUUGUUCGGCUCCUUGGUGUUGUCUCUCAAGGUCAGCCCACUCUGGUCAUCAUGGAACUCAUGACCCGAGGAGAUCUGAAGAGUUACCUGCGGUCUCUCCGCCCGGACACGGAAAACAACCCCGUUCAGAAUCCUCCGCCUUUAAAGAAGAUGAUUCAGAUGGCUGGGGAGAUUGCAGAUGGCAUGGCUUAUCUCAACGCCAACAAGUUUGUCCACAGAGAUCUGGCUGCCAGGAACUGCAUGGUAGCCGAGGACUUCACUGUGAAAAUUGGAGAUUUUGGCAUGACGAGGGAUAUCUACGAGACUGAUUACUACCGGAAAGGUGGAAAGGGACUUCUGCCGGUCCGCUGGAUGUCCCCAGAAUCACUGAAGGAUGGCGUGUUCACGACCCACUCGGAUGUUUGGUCUUUCGGCGUUGUCUUGUGGGAAAUUGCCACCUUAGCGGAGCAGCCUUACCAAGGCAUGUCCAAUGAACAAGUUCUACGUUUCGUGAUGGAGGGAGGCCUCCUGGAAAAGCCAGACAACUGCCCAGACAUGCUCUUCGAACUGAUGCGCAUGUGCUGGCAGUACAACCCCAAGAUGCGCCCUUCUUUCCUGGAGAUCAUCGGCAGCAUCAAGGACGAGCUGGACCCAGCCUUCAAAGAGGUCUCCUUCUUCUACAGCGACGAGAACAAGCCUCCUGACACGGAAGAGCUUGACUUGGAGACGGAGAACAUGGAGAGCAUUCCUUUAGAUCCUUCCUCUACCCUCCAGCCUUCUGACAAACACUCAGGACACAAAGCUGAGAAUGGCCCGGGUGUCAUGGUCCUCCGGGCCAGCUUUGAGGAGAGGCAGUCCUACGCCCACAUGAACGGGGGACGCAAGAAUGAACGGGCCUUGCCUUUACCCCAGUCUUCAGCCUGCUGACCUUGAGAAAACAGGUUGUUGGGUUUUGGGGGGCGUUUUUUUUUUGUUUUGUUUUGUUUUCGGGGUUUUUUUUUUUGCAAAUGCAGAAAUAACACGGCUCGUGCACCUGAAGGGGGGUGAGCUUGGGAGGAAGGCGAGAGCAAGCGAGAAAAUAACAAUAUAUUCUUCAAAAGCCGACUGUACCUCAGUGGAUCUUCAAGAACUGUCAUUAACUGCACACAGGAGAAUCCUCUCUUCGAUUUCGAAGUCGAAAUGACUUUUCUUAUUUUUUUUCUUUCUCUUUUUUUGUCGUUUCAAUAUGCAAAGCAGGAGAUCGCUUCGAGCAACAGAACUCUCUGUACAUGUGGGGCACAGUCAGCCUUCUUAAAAAAAAAAACACUUUGAAUUAUUAACACUUAAUAGCAACAGAAAAACAAACAAACAAACUUGAGAAUCUGAUGUGUGUCUCCCUUUUCCUCUCCUUUCUUUCUGCUUCAUGAUGGGAAACAUGUCUGUGUGAAGUUCAACUCGAUUUUUUUUUUCGUUUCUUAAAAUUUUACAUCCGAGGAAAAAAAAAAACGACAGGCCUACCAGCUCUCCUAUUUCCCUUCCCUGCCUGACACUCUAUAGAUGGUUACAAAAAAGAGAGAGAGAGAAAAGACUAGAUUUUUUUUUUUUUUUACUAUGAUUCCUUAAAACUUUCUAGGAUCACACAAAAGACCGAAGGAUCAUAACUUUUUCCAGCGCUGCCAAACUUUGCCAAAAAAAAAAAAAGAGAGAGAAUUUUCUUUUAGGGUUUUCCUUGUUUUUGUUUUAUUUCGUUUUUGGAUUUUGUUUUUUUUUUUCCAAUCACACAUCCCCGUUGAAACAAAAUACAGACCAAUACACUCCCGUAUCUAUCAUACACUGGCAUUUUUAGAAAAGCUUAACAAAAAAUUAUUAUUAUUAUUAUUAUUAUUUUUUGACUGGACGAAAGAAAAAAACAGUUCUCUCUCUCUUCUUUUUUUAAAAAAUAAAAAAAAAGAAACACGGUGGAGAACAUAAGGGAUGGUUGUCGAGUUAGCAACCCUGCCCGUUCAUUCUGGAUACAACUGGCAUUGAGGAUGCGAGCAACGAGGGGAGGAUAGAGAUGCUUCUUGUGCAGAAAUUUCAACCCCGGCCCUCCAGAAUGGAAAUACAGACAAGCAAAACAGGAAGCGUUGCCAUGAGUUGUUUCUUCUGGUCUUUGGCAGGCUUGCAAGGGGGGAAAAAAGAAUUAAAUGAAAAAGAAAAGAAAAAACUUAGAGAAACACUAAAAAAAAAAAACCCACACACACUCACAGGAGAAGAAUGGGCAAUUAAACCAGAUUCAGGCCUCCGACUCUUCGAUGACUUUUUUUCCCCCCUCUGUUAAUAAGACUUCAAGGGGUCUUGCAGUUCUAUGUUAGACCAUGGCUCAUUUGCAUACACAUUUGUCUUUUUGUGUCACUUUUAUAACUUUUUUACAGUUCAGAUACUCAUCUAUAUGUCUGUACAGAAAAAAAAAAGCUGCUAUUUUUUUGUUCUUUAUCUUUGUGGAUUUAAUCUAUGAAAAAGAAAAAAAAUCUUCAGGUCAACCCUCUUUCCUCCUUCCUCUCCCCUCCGCCUGCCCCCCCACUUCCCGUCCUUCCAUUUCCGAUGAAUUUCUUCCCUCAUGCUUUGUACUAUAUAUAUAAAGUUGGACCUUUUCACCUUCAUCCUGCCACCUCUUUUCCCGAACCGCCGUACCUGGAUUCGCGAUUUGCCAUCGAUGGUUUUAACACCUUUGAAAGAUUUUCCUGGUUUCGUUUUUGUUUUUUGCUUGCUUUCUCUCCUCUUCUGUCUUCUCCUUUCGGGUUUUUUUUUUUUUGCUUUGAAAUAUAUCUAUCUAUCUAUAUAUAUUUAUGACCGUCUAUUUGGGUUAAAGCACGCUUUGUGGGGCUGACGGGAAAAGUACGUUGCCAAUCGAUGUUCAUGCCCGGUUAUGUAUUAUGCCCUCUUGAAUCACCAUCCUCUCUCUUGGCGCAUACCCAGGUCUGUUACAGUGCGAGGUAGGAUGGAGACUCAGGUCACAAAAAAAGAGAGAAAAAAUUAACUAUUCAAUGCAAGGAUGGGCAACUAUGGCAGUUUUAUGACCCGUGGACUUCAACUCCUGAAAUUCCUGUCCCAGCAUGGAAUUCUCAUUCAGGACCGGCUCAGGGAUUCUGGGAGUUAUUAAUCCUUGAUUUAGCAUGUGGGUCUGCUUUUAGCAGUGUGGCAUUGCCUUGCCCUCCUUCCCGUUGGCCCUUUCAAGCUUGGGUUGUCUCUCGCAAACCACCACAACAUCCCGAAGUACAUCAGAUGUAGGUGAAAGGCUGCGUGCGGCCUUGUCUUUCCAAGCAUCAGCCUUUCCAUCCUAGGAAACAGCACGCAUUUCAUGCUUCGCCAGUGGUGAAUUUUUGCAAGGUCGCUCAACUUUUCCUCUGAUUUCCGGGUAUCUUUGGCCACUGCUGCGUCCAAAAAGAGGAAAUAGAGGAUGGAUAGAAGUUUUGGAGAAAAGUGAUAAGAGGUGAAACCGAAUUAAGGUGUUGCAAUGGGUUUGGUUGAAAAAGAGGAGAACUCAAGAGGUUGUUGAUAACUGGCUAAAUCCAACUGUAGCCCGACGUGGAAAUUCUGUGUUAGCACUGAUUAAACCAAAAAAAGAAAAAUAUCUGGCAGCAGAUGAAGGUUUGUUCUGGGUUGGAAAUAUUGAUUCCUCUUCUUUUUUUAAUAUAUAUAUAUAUAUAUAUAUAUAUAUUAUAUAUAUAUUGGCCAGGGGUUUUGUGUUUGACUAAGAACAAAGAAUUAAAAUAUAAACUGCUA